AUGGGCGAGUACUAUCUGAACCUGUUCGGUCUCGACACGGGUAAGGAGUGGGUAUGGUACGGCGUCAUCUUCCUAGCGGGUAUCUACGUUGUGUUCAUGUUCCUGUCUGUUCUCGCACUCGAGUAUCUUCGCUACGAAGCCCCGACUAAUGUGGACGUGUCGGACAAGUCAAUGGAUGACGGUUCGUACGCGCUGCUUCAAACUCCUAAAAGCUCAACUCAAAGUGAUGUGGUGGAGGUUCAGGUGAACACGCAAGAGAAAAACUUUGCGCCGGUGACGGUGGCCUUCCAAGACCUGCACUACUGGGUCCCUGAUCCCAAGAACCCGAAGGGAGAACAGCUCGAGCUGCUGAAGGGCAUCAACGGAUUCGCUGUCCCUGGAUCGAUCACUGCUCUCAUGGGAUCGUCGGGUGCCGGUAAAACUACUUUGAUGGAUGUGAUUGCUGGCCGUAAGACUGGCGGCAAGAUCACCGGCAAGAUCCUGUUGAACGGCUACGAGGCGACCGACCUCGCUAUUCGUCGCUGCACGGGCUACUGUGAGCAAAUGGACGUGCACUCGGAGGCUGCUACCAUUCGUGAAGCUUUAACCUUCAGCUCUUUCCUGCGUCAAGACGCCUCGAUCUCGGAUGCCAAAAAGUACGACGCAGUGAACGAAGCCAUCGAGCUGCUCGGCCUGGAAGACAUCGCUGACCAGAUCAUCCGUGGCAGCUCAGUUGAACAGAUGAAGCGUCUGACGAUCGGCGUGGAGCUGGCUGCUCAGCCGAGUGUGAUUUUCCUGGACGAACCGACGAGUGGCCUGGACGCUCGCUCUGCUAAGUUGAUCAUGGACGGCGUUCGCAAGGUGGCCGACUCGGGCCGUACCAUUAUCUGUACGAUCCACCAGCCGUCGUCCGAAGUGUUCUACCUGUUCGACAGUUUGUUGUUGCUCAAGCGUGGUGGCGAGACGGUGUUCUACGGUAACCUGGGCAAGAAGUGCCGCAACCUGAUUGACUACUUUGAGGGAAUCCCUGGCGUGGCCCCGCUACCAGAAAACUAUAACCCGGCCACGUGGAUGCUCGAGUGUAUCGGUGCUGGUGUGAACAACUCGGCUGCUGACGAAAUGGACUUCGUGGACUACUUCAACAGGAGCUCGUACAGCGAACAACUUAAAGCGAACAUGGCCAAGGAAGGCAUCACGGUUCCUUCGCCCGAUCUACCGGAGAUUUUGUUUGACAAGAAGCGUGCUGCUAACUCAGCCACGCAGAUGAAGUUCGUGGUGACCCGUUUCUUCCAGUUGUACUGGCGUACCCCGAGCUAUUCGCUCACCCGUCUGAUCAUGUCGCUGUUCCUGGCUCUGAUCUUCGGUAUUGUCUUCAUCAACCCGAACUACGCUUCAUAUGCUGGUCUGAGCUCGGGUGUCGGCAUGGUGUUCAUGGCUGCGCUGUUCCUGUCCAUGAUGGCGUUCAACAGUGUGAUUCCGCUUACGAGUUCGGAGCGUCCAUCGUUCUACCGUGAGCGAGCAUCUCAGACGUACAACGCUUUCUGGUACUGGUUUGGAGCGACGUUGGUGGAGAUCCCGUGGUGCUUUGCGAGUGGCCUUCUCUUCACCGUCGUCCUGUAUCCUCUUGCCGGUUUCACGGAAUUCAUGACCGGCGUUCUCUUCUGGGUGGCCAUCUCGCUGACCGUCUUCAUGCAAGUUUCUCUUGGCCAGUUCUUCACGUACGCCAUGCCGACCGAGGAAGUGGCAGCGAUCAUAGGUAUGCUCUUUAACGGUAUCUUCAUGAUGUUUAUGGGCUACAACCCGCCGGCAUCAUCCAUUCCGCAAGGCUACCAGUGGCUGUACACGAUCUCGCCGCAGAAGUUCCCCAUGAGUAUCCUGGUGGCUCUGGUCUUCACUAAGUGCGAGACGCUGCCGACUUGGGAUGAAGCAACUCAGUCGUACAUCAACGUCGGCUCGGAUCUUGGUUGCCAACCGAUGGCCAACGCUCCGGCGACGAUCGGCCACACGACGUUGAAGGAGUACACAGAGUCGUACUUUGGAUUCAAGCACGACGAAAUCGCUCAGAACUUCGUGAUCGUAAUCGGUUACAUUGUUCUCUUCCGACUGUGGGGACUGCUGGCGCUGCGCUUCGUCAACCACCAGAAGAGGUAG